AUGUCCGGAUCGAAAGCUCCCGUCCUGGAACCCACGCCAACUCCUGGCUCACCCCCGAAAAUCUCAACGGCGUGCCCUCCUUCGCCCUUCGCCCCUCUUGAAACCUGUUCGUACCUUAUCCCACACUUCAAAAACAUACAACACCGCCCUCGGCCAAAGCCUGGCCUAUCCCCGCCACCAAUACAACUGUACCCGACAUCCACCACGCCAGCCUUCACUCCCCAGUCAAUACAACCCCCGAUCCUACGUCAAGACGACAACCUAGCCCAAUGGAUCUCUCUAGCAGAGCCAUACUUAGAGUUGGUCCCCGAAAACUUCCGGAAGACCACACUCAAAUCCCUCCUCGCCCCCGAACUGGUAUACAAGGUAGAUGGGCUGGCUCCCUCUCCCUUCUGCGCAUUCGAGGAAUACUUCGGCGCCCUCAAACAAAUUUUCCAGUCAGAGUCCAGCCAGGCCGCGGAACAACAGCGGUUCUUUAAUAGAACCCAGCGGCAAGGGGAGACCCUGUUAAAUUUUUACAUAGAAUUAAAACACCUCUCGUUUCGCGCCUUUCCACCUCACGGCGAUGAAGAUCUCACGUUUUGUCGCAUGAUGUCGGGCAUACGCGACCGUGAACUAGCGUUAAUCUUCACCAGCCGUCCACCGGCCAACGUCAAGGAGGCUCUUGACUUGGACUCGGCUCGCCGCACCCAAUUCCCAUUGGCGCAAGAACCUCAAGCCACCAGAGAUCCCACUACUUGGGGUCAUCCACCCAACCUCCCAGGCCGGUCCACACCCUACCACACCACUUUAAACCGACGUUUCCAACCCCCCAGGCUUCCAGGCCCGCCAAACAACAAUCAGUGUUACUACUGCGACCGGUUCGGCACAGCUGCCAAGAAAUGCGGACACAACUCAGGUAACCAGCCCUUUCCCCUAGCCGCUUUAUACACCCUCCCCUCUGAUUUUAAGCCAUUGACAAUCUCGGGCACAGUGGCCAAUAGGAGAGUCAGUAUCCUUAUAGACACGGGCGCAGCCGUCUCCCUGAUUCACCGUAGCCUCCUCCAUGGAACAAACUACAUUCAGUCAGCAUUCCCUCAGUUACAGAUUCUCACCGCCAACAGUUCCACCCUCCAGCUUAGCGGCUCCGCCACAGUUCCAGUUUCCAUCAAAGACACGACUAUCCGGCAUUGCUUCCUCGUGUCUUCUGAACUGAAAUGGAAUGUCAUACUCGGCUGUGAUUUUCUAAAACGACAUGCCCAGGCUAUUACCUUCUCCCCCACUUCUCAGUCCCUGAUCCUCAAAGACGAAAAGGUAACCGUGGACGUAAACAGUGUCGAAAUCGAUGCACGACCACCCCUCGAUCCCUCCUCAAUCGAAGAUAUCCUACCGGAUAACAUAUCGGCAGACGAUCGCGGCGCCCUAUUCCACGCGUUAGCACCGUUCACAUCCGUGUUCACAUGGGCAGACCAGGCUAUCGGACGGUGCAACGUAGUCCAACACCGGAUAAACACCGGAUCCGCCCCUCCGCAGCACCUCCCUCCCCGACGGAUACCCUUUCACUUUCGGGAAGAACUCGAUAAGAUGGUAGAAAACAUGCUCCAACAAGGCAUCAUCCAACCUUCCUCCUCCCCGUGGGCAGCGCCGGUAACUCUGGUUAAAAAGAAGGACAAUUCCCUUCGUCUCUGUGUUGACUACAGACGCCUCAACGCGGUCACGGUCAGAGAUGCCUUUCCCCUUCCCCGUAUGGAUGACCUCCUAGCUUCUAUGGCGGGGAAGAAAUUCUUCUCUACCCUUGACCUCUCCUCAAGCUACUGUCAAAUCGAAGUACACCCGGAAGAUCGCGCAAAAACCGCCUUUUCCCUGCCCUCGGGACUCUUCGAGUUCACCACACUACCUAUGGGCCUAGCCAAUGCAGCGGCGACCUGCCAACGCCUCAUACAGAAAUUACUGCAAAACCUCUGUCCAUCGAAGUGCCUUGUUUACCUAGACGACGUCAUAGUGUGGGGCACCACGAUAUCAGAACUGCUAGACAACCUUUCGGAAGUCUUAACGAGGUACCAAGAUGCCGGUCUGACACUCAAUCCAAAGAAGUGCAAGUUCCUCCAACCAGAAAUUCGCUUCCUCGGCCACAUAGUUGCAGUCAGGGAUACCAGAUCAACUUUUACCACACCCAAUAAUUUCGUUUUCUCUACUGACAGAGGUCAAAGAACUGAAGGACUGGUUUAUUAUGUACUAAGGGCAGUUUGCCGUGGCUUGGUAAUUUGCUUGUGGGCUAGAACGGGACGUUCGUUCGGUAGCGCGUGAGUAGCGAUGUGUGGUUUGCGUGAGUCCGGCUGUUCUUUGUUAACAGGACAUAGAGAAUAGUUGAGUGUUGAACAUUUUGUUUAAUUGGUCCAUGAGAGGAGUCGUAGAAUGGGUGAUCAGGAGGCUAAAGGGUUAUAAUGACUCUACUUCGAGCGUGUGCCGCAACGGUGGGCCUUUCACGAGUGUCUGCAUUGCGCACCAGGGCUGCCUGGCAUUCGCCCACUCGGCUCUCCAUCUGGCCAAUCAGAUUCGAGGCCUGGUCAGACGUGUCCUGGCUUAAGGCGCCUUGACGCAUUCCCUCAGACACUUGGGACACCGCUCACCUGGCGCCGGGCAUGCCCUCGCCCAGCUGCCAACCCUCUCCAACUCCUCCAAUUAUUCUGUACAGAAUACAUUAUCCUCCCCACUGGCGUCCGCCUUCUCUUUCCAUUCGGUACUAGGCCUGAAGAUCGUGGUAACCAGGGUCUCAUUCACGGUCUAGCCUAUCUGCGAUAG